AUGGCGGGGGCUAAGCGCAACUGGGCGCGGUGCUACAAGGCGACAUCGGACCACUUUGCGUCUGCCGACCACAAUAACGCGCUAGAGGGGGCCAGCGCGAAUCUGUAUGGUGCGCUCGGCAAAAAGGUGCCUUACACAUCGAUGAUGGACUGGGUGAAGAGGAUGGCCGAGACAGUCCUGUCCAUGAACACACAGGAGUACGUUGCGCCAACAACAGCGUACACCCAGAACAGCGGGGUAACAAGCAAGACGGUCGUCGAUCGACUCAACAAUUGGCAGCGGACCGCAGCGGACAUGAGACGACACAAUAUACCUGUACGUGUGCGGUUCGUGGGCUCGGCGACGCCAGAAUCCGAGACCGCGGAGCUCAGGCGCAAGAAUGAGACCCUGGAGCGCGAGCGUAAACAGAUCUCCCAGCUGAUGUUUGAAGAUUCUAGUGCCCCAACCUUGGCCGAAUACACGCAUGUAGUACAAGAGAUUAAACGGAUUACGCAGAUCUUGCACGACCGGGACGUGAGGACUGUUGUGACAACCAUGGUACCCGGCGGUAAUAGGGCGUUGUCUGAGGUGGGCAAGCGCGUAAAGUUGACUGAGGCCGCAAAGUACGAUGUGGUGCGAUUUGAGACUGAGGGUGAGACUAGGGUCCGUGCGAGAUCCGAAACACAUUUGGACAAGUUUCUGUGGGAAAAAGUGCUGGGUGUGAUAGAGGUGACUCGCACACCCAUCGCCACGGACGAGGCUAGUGCAAGUACUAGCGCUUCUGGUCCUAAACCCUAAACCCUAAGACCUCGAGUGGUGAAAGAAGAAAUAGAAUUCGAACUGAUUUGGAAACGGACCUAUUAUUAAGGUCGAGGUCUUUCAGCUGUCUCAAGAUUCCUGGUAAGUUAUCGGUCAGUUUCAGCGUGUGUUUAUGCGUCCACUUCAGCUUCAGCAACGGCCUGCGCUCAUUAAGCGGCUGUCGUAACCGUGGCAUCCGAGUUUCGUAGCGUGUCGCUUUGAGCUCCUUUCGAAUUCUCAUGUUGUUUUCGAACACUACGUGUGGAUAAAAGCGGUCGUAUGCGAAUUAAAGGUACCAGAUUCACAUACUGAAUGCAUGGACUGUACAAUGGCUAGAAUGGGAAAUGGCGAGCGUAGGAUCACGCGGGUAGUUCAGAAAGCUGAAUAAUUGAAAUACUUAAUUAUUGAAAUGCUGAAGUAUUGAUAAAUUUUCCAACGUGCUCAUUGAGAUAAGCCGAAUGGAUCACAACUGGAUUAAAC